AGUGAUAGAGGGGGCGUGAACUAGAAAACAUGUCAGCAAGCAGUCUUCACAGCCAUGUUUCUGCGGAUACUAGCAGCCACAAAGAGUUGUCCUACUCUCACAUUAUGAGUGAGAAGAUAUCACAGAUGCUGACCGAGGCUCAGACACUGUGUGAUAAUGGAGAAUGCAAUAAAGCUAUUGCUAAACUGAGUCGAGCCAUUGUACUUCAACCUUUGAACUCUGAACUAUUUGAGAAACGAGCUGAAGUAUAUGUAAUCAUCCGAAACUAUGACUUGGCCAUUGCCAACUUCCAAAAAGUUCUAUCUCUAAGAAUAAAAGACGAUAACAUAUUCGAUCGUAUUGGACAAGUGUACUGGGUGCGUGGGGAGGAACUGUAUGCUGAGGGGAGAUACAGACAAGCUCUGGAGGUGUAUGAGCAGGUGGCAGUGUACAGGCCCGAGGAUAGGAACAUCGUCAAGAGGAAGAUUUCUUGUCUGCAGUCUCUUGAUCGCUAUGAGGAGUGUGUGGAGAUGAUCAGACAAGAGUUGGAGGCUGACCACACUAACCCUGAGCUAUACAUACUCAGAGCCAAACUAAAGCGCCUCUUUGGAGAUACCUCUGCAACGUACUACGAUGUGUGUAGUGCUCUGACCCUUGACCCCUGUCACUCAGUGGCUCUGGCCAUGAAGGUAGAGCUGGAGGAGUUAGCACAGCAGUGCAAGAACCAGGCUGUUCAUCACAGUCUGGUGGGGCGUAAGCUGGAUGCUCUCAAGAAAAUAUCCACUGCUAUAGAGACUGACCCAGCUGUUGCAGAGUACCACAUAUUCAGAGGUGCCCUGUUUCGAAGGCUGAAGGAUUUUCAAGCUGCAGUCGAUGAUUUCCUGACAGCCAUGGAUAAAGUGUCUCAUCAGCAGGACAGUGACGUGUAUGUGAAUGCCUCUAAACAGUUGGUGCUCACUUAUAAUGACUUUGCAAUGGAAUGCUUUCGACAGCGGCAUUUCAACGAAGCCGUACUGCUACUGAACAAGGCUAUAAAGGAGGAAAAGAAAGAGAAGGGGCUGUACUUGAACAGAGGAGAUUGUUUCUAUCGGCUGAACGACCUCCCCUUUUCUCUGGCUGACUACCAACAGGCCCUGGAGUUGGACCCCAGUGACUGGGACGUGAGCUGUCGUAUUAGCAUUGUGUACUGUGAGCUGGGGGUGGAGUGCUACAGCAGGGAACAAUACUCCAAGGCUGAGGCCCACUUCACGGCAGCUAUACGACACAACCCUAAAGUCAGCAGAUUCUACGUAUGUAGGGCAAGGUCAAAGUUCACUCAAAAUAAUGUAUCUGGUACUAAAGAGGAUCUGAUAGCAGCUUUGACCCUUGACCCCAACAACGAGGAGUGCGUGUCACUGAUUGCCCGCGCUUUACCCGGCAAAACCAACCACGAUCUACUCAACAGCCCGGAGGCAGAAGCAUGUAAAAAACAACUAGAAAAUGACAUACAGAAACAAACUGGCCACAAGAAAUAUCACUCCAAUCCGAACGAGUUCAGUUCAACAUCUGUGGCAAAACUACUCCGUGAAUUAGAUUUGAAAUUUGAAGUCACUGUUGAUUCAAGCUCAACCAUCAAAGAUAUUAUAUCUGAAGACUCUGAAAUGGUUGAGUCAGAGCCACUGACCACAGUCACCACUGAGGGUACACUGGCCAGUCAAGUGGAGGAAGAGGACGAAAUGGUCCCUAGAAAUUGGACUGUAUUAUGCCACCCCCUCCCAGAGCUGACCUCUGACCCCCAGGGAGUGAUGCCCGUCUUAAGAGACUGUUUGAAAGAGCACUCGUUUCAUAAGAAGAUCUACUACUCAAAAAAGAAUGCUACGGAGGAUGUCAAAAGAGUGUUAAGAAUUCCCCCUGAACUGGCUAGACCCAUUAAAGUUAAACUUGAAUGACCUUUCUCUCAGCUAGCUAUUUAAUAUUAGUAAUUAAUUUUAACCGCGGUGUAUAAAUAGACGAUUUUUCUCUAACAUAAC